AUGUUUUGUGAUGAGCAAUGUGAAAGAAUGGAAGUGAAGACCUUCAUGCGGAUUCGAACGCAGCUGUAUAGUGGCAAAACAAUCCAAGAAGUUAGGAGCUCUUUCAGCCGUGUGAAAUUCUACUUAAGUCAAGAGAAGAUGUCAGGAACAGUCUCUAACAAUGAAGAGCCAGAAUUCAAACCUUUCGGACUGCCAAAAUUGUCCGAGUUCCCAUCUGAAGCAAAUGAGCGAGAUGAGCACGUUGAAGAAGUUCUGAGGACUGUCAAUACAGUGUUCAAGGCCUUCGCCGAUUGCGAUCAUGCUCUCUUCUCUAAGUUCGUGGACGACGAGUGUAGGUUCGUGCGGACCGGGGUUGCAGAGACGGGGGAGCCGGAUGUGACUGCGUUUCCCAAGGCCUACUUCGUCAACACGCUUCAGAAGACGAAACCCGGAGUCCUGAGCGAAGAGCUCGAGCAGCCGUUCGUGCAGAUGCGAGAUAACUUGCUGGCGCAUGUGUGGUGCCGGUACACACUUGCAGUGGCUGGAACUGUCAAGUACAAAGGAGUCAAGUCGAUCCAACUCCGAAACACUUCUUUGGGUUGGAGAGUACGACAAAAUAUCGUCAGCGUUUGUGAUACCAUUGAUUCGUAA